CCAGGGCAGCCUAUAAAAAGGAAGGAAGACGGCUCAGCUCCCAGAAGGAGGCCAGCGCUAGCGAGUUCCCAGCCUUCUCACUCUGCUCACACUUGGCUGCCUGACCAGCGUCAUGAGGGGCCUCGCAGCUGCUCUCCUCGUCCUCCUCUGCACCAUGGCCCUCUGCUCCUGUGCCCAGGACAGCGUCAGCGCAGCCACCUGCUGCUUCUCUUUCACUUCUCGGCAGAUACCCCGCAAAUCUGUGGUCGCCUAUCAUAAGACCAGUGACAAGUGCCCCACACCUGGCAUCAUCUUUGUCACAAAAAGGGGCCUGCAAAUCUGUGCCAAUCCCAGCAAUGCCUGGGUCCGGGACUACAUCAGGGACCUGGAGCAGAACUCCUGAGUGGUCAAGAAGAAACCAGUUGAAGGUGUGGGCAGAUUGGGAAACGUCCCUGCAACCCCAGAAAUCCUUUCUCCUCUGGGUACCUCCCCUCCCCACUAACCACAUGCUGAAAUCUUUCUUAACUUUAACUUAGUGAAGCUACUUAAAUAUUGUAAAUCACUUUACCCACUUGAUGUUUCCUCUGAGAAAUCAUGUGACAUCCUCUUGUCCCUAACCCCCUUCCCACCCGAUCAUACAGUGGUGGACUCGAGUUCAGGUGCUGGUGAAUGAUUGUGCUCCUCUCUCUAGGUAGAGUUCUGACCAAAUCCACCAACAGAUGCUUACUGAGUUUUUAUGAGCCCCUUACUCUGUUAAUAAAGUCAGAAUAAUAAAGAUUCUUUUUGCUUUCUAAAGUAAA